UAAGCUGGAAUCAGGGUUUCUGGGGCUGCAGUGAAAUCAGUGCUCUCAGUCCUCUCAGGUCAGCAGCAGGAUGGACAACGCCACGUACAGCUACUCGACCGACUGCACUCCUCUCACGAGCUGUAAGUCUGCUCGCAAGCCAGCCGGCUCCACAGUGGUGAAUAUGGGCGCAGCCGGGAAAAAGCCCCCCAACGACUACCUGGUCUGGUCCCUCUGCAACACCCUGUAUGUCAACUUCUGCUGCCUGGGCUUCAUGGCCCUCAUCUACUCCAUCAAGGCGCGAGACCAGAAGACGCUGGGAGACUUGCGUGCUGCUCAGGAGUGUUCGGACAAGGCCAAAUGGUACAACAUCCUGGCCUCAGGCUGGAACCUGCUGGUGCCUCUGCUGAUGUUGGGCCUGCUGGUGCUGCUGAUCGUGCACUUGGGAAGCUCCCAGGGAGCCUUCGACUUCUUCGGAGAGGACGGCUUCCAGAACUUCAUGAAGCUGUUCGGCAGGUAGACUGACAGACAGACAGCAAAGGAACCAAACAACAACAACAACAACAAGCCGUGGACUUAUCACCCUCUGUGCCUCGCAAAAUGUGUCUCUCUGCUCUUUGUUUUUAUCUUAUUACCAAUGUCUUAUUGUAUUGUUAUAAUUGUUAUGAUUUUUUGUAUGUUCAGAGUCUUGUAUGCUAAAUGAGAACUUUCCAGUCGUUUCCAAAAGACAAUUUUCCCUCUUUAUUUGAAGUAAAUGUGACUUUUUAGUGGAAUAAAAUAUUUAACUUCAUGAAUAA